AUGUUCUGUAAAGUGGUACUACGAAGAGGACGAGCCGAGUCGGCUAGAGCUGAAGCUCACAGAUGGACGGGUACAAAUUCUCCAGGAAAGACGCCCUUCAAGUUUGAAAAGAGGGAGAUGAUGACGAGAAUGUGGCCGAAUCUCGAAAAUGCGCUCGAGACUUUGCGUGGCCAAUCAGACAAAAGUUUGCUAAUACUUGAAGCUGUUGUUGGUGAGCGACCAAGCAAAGUUACCGACAUCUGGGAUGUCAAGUGGUGGGAUCUAAAGCACCGAGUUAUUGGGCUGAGACUUAAAAGCAUGGACGAAGCUGGAUUGUUCUACUGUGAAAGAGAGGAGUGUGACGAUGAAGAUGAUCUGGAGAUGUACGUUCAUACGUACGAGGACGUAUUACUCCUUUCGAAGUAA